AUGAGUGAGUGUGGAUUGAUAAUCCUCGGGAAUAGUGGUGCAGAAAAGUCGUUUAUUGCCAACAUCUUAUUAAACGAAGAAUCAUUUGUACAUGAAUGUAGUUCUACUUCAGUAACACAUGAAACAGAAUAUCGAGACAUAUGUUUUGAUGGACACUGUUACUCAAUUUUUAACAUUCCUGGUUUGGUCGAGGCUGAUCAAGCGCGAAUUGAAUUAAAUAAACAAGAGAUUUAUAAGGCAUUUCAACUACGUCCGCUGUCAGUUGUUCUGUUUGUUUUCAAUGGUGGAGCGGGUGGUAGAUUAAAAGAUGAAGAUAUUGUUGCCUAUGAAGCUAUUAACAGUGCUUACAAUUUUGGUGAUGCAUCAAUGGUAACAUACGUAAUAAUUGAUUAUGACGCCUUGCCAGCAAAUCGCAAAGCAGACUAUGAUGCUCGAACAGCGAUUACAUUACAAAAAUUGCUGAACAAAACUCAUCCAAUUCGAGUCUGUUUUUUAAAUCGAAUUAACGAUUUGUCUGAUGAUAAUGCAAAAGAUAAACUUCGUGCACAAUUAGCAUCGUUCCUCAUUCAAUGUUCACCACAUAAUUAUGAAAAACAUGGAGAUAUUUCACUGCGUGCUGAAGAUAUUAGAAUGCUAAAACAAGCUAUCAAAGAAAUGCAAGAUCAAUUCGAAAAGCAAUUAGUAGUAAUGCAAAGACAAAUUGAACAAAAGCAACAAGAAUUUGAUGAAUAUAAGAAAACUACUCGAGAAGACAUUGAAUUUUAUAAAGGAGUAAUAUCAAGAAGUGAAAUAUCAGAAUCCGGUCGAAUAUGCAGUAUCAGCUAA